AUGACAUCGAAUAUCAUCAAACAAUUCCCCCAACAACUUGCAACUUAUUUAUGUGAACGAUAUAUGGCACCAAUAUCUUAUCUCAACAUCUAUCGAGCUCAAAACGAAUUUCAAAUCAUAAAAUCUGUUCAACGUAGUCUACGAAAAGGAAAAUAUGUACUUCGUGUAACAGAUAAAGGUGGCGUAUUUCGUAUUGGUCAUUCAAAAGAUUACGAACAAAAGGCAGAAGCUUAUCGACAAAAAGCGGGAGCAUAUGUUGAAUUAGAAAAUAAUCCAUUAUGGAUAAUUUUUGACAACGUAGAAGGAACUCGAUUAAUACCAAUUGUAUCUUCGAUGCAUACACCAACAGCUGAUACUUCUAAUCUUCGUCGCCUAUAA